AUGGCUGACGAGCCGAGUGCAACAGAUAUCGCAUCUACCAUCGGGACCUGGCUAGGCGUCGGCCUGGCUCUCUUUGCCCUCAUUGGCAUCGUCGGGCCUGUCCUUGCCAUCGACUCCCUAACAAGGCGUGUAGGCGACAGCUUUGGUUAUGUCAGUCGAGGUGUCUGGGCAGGCGGUCAACGCCGCCUUCUUCGCCAGAUCCGAGCGCCUUUGCUCUACAAAGAGCCAGAUCUCCGGGAUGCCAAAUUCGCCCUGGAGCCCUUUGAGUUCGAGGCUGUUCCCACUCGGGGUACUCCAUCCAGGAUCAAGAUCAGGAGCCAAGCUGAUGGCGUGCCCUCUGCAAAAACUUCGUCUGGAUGGGUGCAGUUCGGAAGCGUGAUCGAAGGCUAUAACGUCCCAAUGUCGACGGGAGAUAGCCUAGUGAUUAGGGAUGAAGAGGCACUUCUUCCUGUCAACACCUCAUGGCUUCAGCUCACGGGACUCCUCGGUCGAUACGGUCCAUGGCAAGAUAAGGGAAGACUGCCAUUGCAAGUUUCUCAUGGCAUCACCAGCAAUCAAGCCAAAAUUGACUCCAAGUUUAUUCGGGAAUCCUCACGCGGCAGCGACAGACACCACGUGAAUCCAAAAGAUCACGUAUUCUUCUCGCGUCAUGAACUCGACCGCAUAGGCCAUCUUGGGAAAGACAAAUAUAGGGUUGACGAUGUCCAGGAUAUCCCUAUUAGUCCUGAGGCAGCCUCUAGUCAACAGCCAAGGACCCCGGUGUUUGAUUAUCUCCCGCGGCCUGCUGAACCAAGAGCAGUGCAUUUCGAUGACUCUGAUGACGAGUCUAUAUCCGUCGAUCCAGAACACGUACCGCGUCGCCGCCUCAGACCAACAGAAACCUCCGCGGCGAAAUACAUCACACCACGACUGCGCGAUGCGAACGCCACGAACUCUGUUGAUCCUGAUCGCCCGCGAGGAUUCUGUCUCGAUGAAUGGAACGAGCGAGAGGCCGACCUCUCUGAAUUAGCCGGCGUGGUGCAUGCCGACGUGCCUGAUCUGCAGGUCCUGUCACUGCAAGAGAUCUCGCUCAGCACCGAGGACGUACGAGAUAUCAACAAUGCAGACGGAGGCACAUACCAUGAGAGGCAGAGCGAGUGGGUCCGCCUCGAGGAAGCCUACGACGGUCGAAGACAUCUUCGUCGUGAAGAUGCGCAAUUCAUCGGCCUUGCUCUUCUUGACCUCGAGCUGAGCCCACAUGGCUAUCUCAUGUCCGGUGAGCCCUCGGCUUGCCGAGCCCUUAUCUGCCAGGCCGCAUCUUCAUCCUUGCCACAACUCUUGGCGAGGAUCAUGGGGAGCAUUGACGCGCUAGGCCUCGAAGAAGCCGUCAAGGAUCCUCUGAAAACAGCGUCACGAUCCUUCUAUGAUCUCACCCAGCUGAUUCGGUCGACAAGGAAAUACUACUCUGCUUUGCACGCCCUAAAUCUUGCCCUUCAAGACGCGACGCCAACCUCUUCAACCAAAGAGACAACUGCACUCACAUCAAUAGGCUGUGUCAUGCUGACAAGUCCAGAGUUCCGCUCUCUCAUCGCUCAGUCGGCUCGUCUUCUCUCAGAAGGCCUCGACGGCUCAGUUGUCGUUGAUCUAGGCCACGGUGCGAUUGAGAUGCCGACAGUUAUGAACUUUGUAGCCAAGUUUCCGAUCGAUACUGACAGGCUCUUUCCUGAUGCUGCAUCAGAUAUGUUAUCGGGGACGGUGACGAUUCGUUUAGCUAGAGCUCUUCUUGCAUGCUUGAGGGCGGCCUUGCGAAGCGCCAUGUUUGACACAGCCUUGGACUCGGUUCCUCUGUUCGAGGCAGUCCGGCGGCUGGAUGAAGUUGUCUUGCUAGGUUGAGACCGAGAUUUUUCAUAGUUCUAAUUGUAAAGGGGAAGAGCGGAGUUUGUUCACUGCUGCAACC